UUGAUUAGGUGAGAACAAACAAAGGCAUGAAUCAUCCGCGCACACACAGCACACCAAGGCUCGAAGCAUGCCGCUGAAGUUGCGCAGCCUGCUAUAAAAUCUCGCAUUGAUUUGUUUCACUCCAACGCACUCACCCCAACACAUCAAUCAACUCACUCAAACACACACAAAAAGAAAAACUCAGCAAACCAAAUUAACCAACAAUGGCUUCAUUUGUAGCUUCUCAAUCUUGUUUCCUAACUACAAACCCCACUUUUUUACCUCUCAAACCCACCUCCCUUCAACAAUCUUCUGCCUUUCUUCGAUUUUCUGCUCCUCUUUCCUCUUCUUCCUCUUUUCCUGGUACUGGGUUGGUUCAUGUUGCAUCAGAAAAGAAAAAUCGGGCAUCAUUUGUUGUGACCAAUGCUGUUAGGGAGCUUGAAGGUUAUGUCACUAAAGCCCAGAAUUUCCGAUUUGCCAUUGUUGUGGCUAGGUUCAACGAAUUUGUGACAAGGCGGCUAAUGGAAGGAGCUCUUGACACUUUCAAGAAAUAUUCUGUCAACGAAGAUAUAGAUGUUGUUUGGGUUCCUGGUGCUUAUGAGCUAGGUGUAACUGCACAGGCACUUGGACAAUCUGGAAAAUAUCAUGCUAUUGUUUGUCUUGGAGCUGUGGUAAGAGGUGAUACUUCACACUAUGAUGCUGUCGUUAAUUCUGCUUCCUCUGGAGUACUCUCAGCUGGAUUAAAUUCAGGAGUACCUUGUAUCUUUGGUGUCCUUACUUGUGAUGACAUGGAUCAGGCCAUAAAUAGAGCUGGUGGAAAAGCGGGUAAUAAAGGUGCCGAGUCAGCACUAACAGCUAUUGAAAUGGCUUCGCUCUUUGAACAUCAUUUGAAGGCCUAAAUUUAAUAUGGUUGAUGUAAAAGGUAUUUCCCCUGUUCAUUGAGCCACUUCAAGGUUUCCUAAUUCCCUGAGCUGCUAUAAACAAAUGAGCACGGGGAAGGAGGGGAUUCAGAAACUGAGAGUAUUACGUUACAUUGGACGUAAGAUGAAACUUACCACCCCUCUUGAGCAAAGAUAAAAUCUUGGGCCUUUUCUUUUCUUUCUUUCUUUUUUUUUUUUUUUUUUUUUUUUUUUUUUUUUUUUUUUUCAUUUCAUUUGUUUGGUGUUUUGAUCGUUUUUGUUGGAAUAAAUUCUUGUUAUGAACAAGGAGCGUUGUUGCCUGAGAAUAGUUCAAACUUAUGUCUUUUAACUAUCAUUCUGUAAGUGAUUUGCUUGUCAAUGUCAACCAAGACAGCGUUCCAAAUGUAACCUUUUUAACAGUUUUCUUUUUCGAGUCGUUUGUAUUUUUGACAUUCUUGAAAGUAAGAUAUCAUUAUACCGAUGAACAGACGGCCAAAUGUUAUCCUUCUCUUUA